GAGGAGUGUGAUCACUUUAAGACCCAGCGGUUUUUCCCCCCCUCUCUUUCUCUUCAUUUUCCCCCUUCUGCUCUCCCCCCUACACUGUUUUUUUUUUUAAAGGAGCGACAGGCUGUGGCGUUUGCAGAAGGGUUUGGUCUCCGUAAUCGCGCUGCAAAAGCGAGCGAGAACGAAAGCGACAAGGAGGGAGAGGAAGAGGAGGAGGGGGGAUGAAGGGGAGGCGUAGCACAUCCGACGAGCCGGCUGCAAUGGGCCUCAGCUAAUCCAGACCCUUCGGAGGAUCUGCCUUCCCGCUGCCACCGCCGUGGGUCAGAAGCUCCCUGGAUCCGGUUCGCUCCCCGCCGCCCCCGCCGCCGGUUGACCACAUUUUUCCCUGCCGCACAAUGAGCGCUGCCUGGUAGAGAAGAAGCGGCGUGCCGCCUUGCCCCCUUCGGGCUCUCGCGAUGUGAUUCUGGUGCAGCUGCUGGAGGCGGAGGAGGAAGAGGAGGCAGGGUGGCCCGGGGGUGGAGGAAGCCUGAGGCUAUGUGGUGUCAGCGACACCAGAAGAUUUGGUGAACCAUGAUGAAGACCGAGUCCCAUAAUAGUCCUGGGGGCAGUGGCAGUAGCAGCAGCGGGGGCAGCACCGGCGGGGGCAAUGGGGCUGGAGGCAGCCUGAGGAGUGCCUCGCCUCACCGGAACGCCUACGAAGCUGGCAUCCAAGCUCUGAAAGCCUCCAAGGAUGCCCUGGGCCAUGCUGACAGCGAAGAGGCCAAGAAGGCCAGGAACAAGAAGUAUGGGUCCAAUGUCCACCGGAUCAAAAACAUGUUCCUGCAAAUGGGCACUGCGCCGCCACCAGGGGAGGGAGCAGUUGAUCUGGCCAAGAUGAAGGAGAAGCCAGUCCGGUUGUCCUUGCCCCGGGCCAGCAGCCUGAAUGAGAAUGUAGACCAUAGUGCGUUGUUGAAACUGGGCACCAGCGUAUCCGAGAGGGUAAGCCGGUUUGACUCCAAAACAGAUAAGCCAUUGUCCAAGCUCCAGGAGACCCGGAAGAUCUUUGAGAGGAGCCUCCAGGAGAAGGAGACCACCAACAAACUGCUCCUGAGGAAAGAGAGAGCUGGCUUCCAGGACAGGAAGCUGGAUGUGGUGGUGAGGUUCAACGGCAGCACAGAAUCCCUGGACAAGCUAGACACAGAGGCUGUGUCUCCCACUGUAAGCCAGCUCAGCGCUGUCUUUGAGAAGGCUGACCUAAGGAAUAACCUCCAUAAAGCCCCUGGCAAAGUUGGGCCUCUCAACUCCAAGAUUGUCAGCAAAAGGUCCAGGGUUUUCCUCCAGGCUCCAGAAGGAGGUGCCAAGGUAGAAACUAGGAGUAGUGAUGGGCCUACUCUCCAAGUGAGAGCAAGGUUGCCUGAGACUGACAAAGCCCAAAACAAACUGGUGCCUGGUGGGUCAGGAGCAGCGAAGCCUGGGGACAAGGAUUCCAGUGUGGGGCUACGUCCUCAGAAGGUCCAAGAGGUGCGCAAGAUCAAGCCUGUGGAAGUGGAAGAGAGUGGAGAUUCCGAACAGGAAUUUGAGGCAGCUGAGGUGGCAGUGGCGGCAGCAGUGGCAGAUGAGAACAGCAAGGCCUCUAAGGGGCCCGACCCUCUCAGGGCAGAGGUGAUUCAGGCUGAGGUCACGGUGCACGCGGCUUUGGAAAAUGGCCAGCUGGGUGGCGAAAGGUACCUAGAAACUCCAGUCCCGUUGGCAGACACUUACUGUGAGGAAGUGGCCAAGGCCGAGGGACCGGAGGAGAACGACCUGGGUGAUGAGUCUAAGAAGGAGGACUUCUCCGAGGCUGACCUGGUGGACAUUAGUGCCUACAGUGGACUGGGGGAGGACUCAGGAGGGAGUGGGCUGGAUGAAGACGAGGAUGGUGAUGGACUGUAUGCACCGGAAUCCAGCUGUGUCGAGAUCCCUGGGCUGUCAGAAGAGGACGAGGCUGUCCCUAAUCGCAAGAUCCACUUCAGCACAGCCCCAAUACAGGUUUUCAGCACUUAUUCCAAUGAGGAAUAUGACCGUCGAAAUGAAGAUGUUGAUCCUAUGGCUGCCUCAGCAGAGUAUGAACUUGAGAAGAGAGUGGAGAGGCUAGAUCUCUUUCCUGUGGAACUGGAAAAAGAUUCUGAGGGUCUUGGGAUCAGUAUUAUUGGAAUGGGGGCUGGAGCUGAUAUGGGUCUAGAAAAACUUGGCAUAUUUGUCAAGACUGUGACAGAAGGAGGAGCAGCUCACCGAGAUGGCAGGAUCCAGGUGAAUGACCUUAUCGUUGAAGUUGACGGCACCAGUUUGGUGGGCGUGACUCAGAGCUUUGCAGCUUCAGUGCUGAGGAAUACCAAGGGUAGAGUCCGGUUCCUUAUUGGUAGGGAGAAGCCAGGAGAGCAGAGUGAAGUGGCGCAACUGAUCCAGCAGACACUGGAACAAGAACGAUGGCAGCGAGAAAUGAUGGAACAGAGGUAUACCCAAUAUACAGAGGAGGAUGAAGAAACAGGAGAAUAUGCUACAGAUGAAGAUGAAGAGAUGAGCCCCAUGUUCCCCAACAACGAGAUGGCCAUUGAGGUUUUUGAACUGGCUGAAAAUGAAGACAUGCUGUCUCCACUCCAGAUCAAGCAUGCUGUGACUGAGGCUGAAAUACAGCAGCUGAAAAGAAAGCUGCAAUCAAUUGAACAGGAGAAAGCUCGCUGGCGCAUUGAGAAAGCCCAGCUAGAACAGAGCGUGGAAGAAAACAAGGAGCGGAUGGAGAAGCUGGAGGGGUACUGGAUGGAGGCUCAGAACUUGUGCCAGGCUGUGGACGAGCACUUAAAAGAGACCCAGGCCCAAUACCAGACUCUGGAAAGGAAGUACAGCAAAGCCAAGCGACUUAUUAAGGAGUAUCAACAGAAGUAA